AGGAAGCACAGUGUUUUCUGUGUAAACCCAGUGAAAUUUCGAUCCCUACUUCCACGAACAUGUGGUUUCCACAGUAACCCGUACAAAGAACAAGUGGUUGUUACAUCACCGCUAGCUUCAGAAUCAAUGGAGGAGAGUGAUACUCUGUUUGGGCGGUAUGAAAUCGGCAGGCCUCUGGGGAAAGGAACGUUCGCUAAAGUCUAUCACGGCAAGCAAAUAUCGACCGGCGAGAGCGUUGCGAUCAAAGUGAUAAGCAAAGAGAAAGUGAAGAGACAAGGGAUGAUGGAGCAGAUCAAGCGAGAGAUCUCCGUCAUGCGUUUGGUUCAACACCCCAACGUUGUUGAACUCAAAGAAGUGAUGGCCACCAAAACUAAGAUCUUCUUCGUCAUGGAGUAUGUUCGUGGGGGCGAGCUCUUCUACAAGGUCGCCAGAGGCAAACUCAAAGAGGACCAAGCACGAAAGUACUUCCAACAAUUAAUCAGCGCCGUCGAUUUCUGUCACAGCAGAGGUGUCUCUCACAGAGAUCUCAAGCCUGAGAAUUUGUUACUUGAUGACCGCGGGAAUCUAAAAGUCUCCGAUUUUGGCCUCUCGGCGUUGCCGGAACACAUGCGAUACGACGGCCUCCUCCACACCCAGUGUGGAACUCCGGCGUAUGUUGCCCCUGAAGUUUUGAGAAAGAAAGGAUAUGACGGAUCGAAAGCCGAUAUUUGGUCCUGCGGGGUGAUUCUUUACACAUUAUUGGCUGGGUUUCUUCCGUUUCGACAUGAAAACGUCAUGACUAUGUACACUAAGAUCUUCAAAGCCGAGUUCCAAUUUCCUCCGUGGUUUUCUGCGGAAUCAAGGCGAUUGAUUUCCAAGAUUCUCGUGCCAGACCCAGAAAGUCGAAUCACGAUUCCUGCGAUAAUGCGGGUCCCGUGGUUUGAAAAGGGGUUUUCGAUCUCAUCAGCGUUUCAUUCAGAAGAACCCACUUCGAAUAAAGCCGUUGAAGAAGACUCCAGAAGCAAGCUUUCAUCCCCCAAGUUUUUCAAUGCGUUCGAGUUUAUUUCUUCGAUGUCUUCUGGGUUUGAUUUGUCUGGGUUGUUCGAGAACAAGAGGAAGACCGGGUCAAUGUUCACUUCCAAGUUUUCAGCCACGACGAUCAUGUUGAAGAUCGAGACGAUGGCGAAGAGGUUAGGCUUCAAGGCAGAAAGGGUGAAGGAAUUCAAAAUCAAGAUGGAAGGGAAGUCGGAGGGGAGGAAAGGGAGGUUGUACGUGACGGCGGAGGUGUCCGAGGUGGCGCCGGAAGUCGCCGUCGUCGAGUUUUCAAAGUGUUCCGGCGACACUUUGGAAUACGCCAAGUUUUGCGAAAAGGACGUGAGGCCGGCGCUGAAAGACAUUGUUUGGACGUGGCAAGGGGACAUCACGGGCAAUGGCAACAUCGAAGAUGGUGCCGAGGGACCAACGAUGGGACAAUGAACAAAAUAGUACUAGAUUACUGUUUACUAUGACUAUUAUUCCUUC